AAAAUAAUGAAUGUUCAAAGUUGAUUCUUGAUACUAAUUGUGACUCUAUUUUUUGAAUCUUAGGUGCUGAUUUAGACUCAAUCCCACACUAUGCAAAACGAAGUCAUAGACUACAUCUAAAUAAUCCUCUAAAGUCCAAAAUCAUGCCAGCACCAAAAGCCCUUGAGGCUGGAAAUAAGCAAGCUAGACCAUCAUAUAUACCAACACAUCUACCAGCAUUUCCAGAUCCUCAUUCAUAUGUCAAAACACCGACUGCUCGUCAGCUCAGUGAAGAGUACAAGGCUGUACGAGAAAGAUAUGCCAAUCAGCGCAAGGAAAUAGAACAAGGGCUUGCUAAGUUCCUUGCAAAAACAGCAGAACACAAAGCAGCUGUGUGUCAAGGUUUGGAAAACGAUCCAGCAUGUUUAUUAAUCAUGGACUCGCCCCCACAUCUACCAUACCUCCCUGCCAUUGUUGGAUGCGAGGAGGAUGGGGACGACCAAUUAGAAGAAAAUUCUAACUCAAAACUCGACAAAUCGUCGGGAAAUACAACUGACGUUUCGGACAAUCCUUUUAUGAGGCCAGCCAAACGAGUUCGCAAAGGGAAAGUCAGCUGACCAAUUACAGUYUUACGAUAAUUUUAUUGCGAUCUCUUUUACUUGAAUAAARCUCAACUCCUUAACAGUU